GGUAAGUAGACGGCAGGUUAUCAGUCCGCAGAACAUCUUCGUCGCGAACGGAACAGUAAACCAGUGUGGUUGCUCAUUCUUUCGUGGUGAAGAGACGGAGAGAAAGAGAGAUAGAGAUAGAGGCAGAGACAGAGAGGAAGAGGAAAAAAAGGGAAAGAAGGACGAAGGAGACAGUGACAGUGGAGGAGAGGACAAAUUGAACGUAAUACGUUAUAGACCUUUCGGCGGGUAUUAUUCGCCGGUACCGCUCUCCGUCACCGAUACCCUUGCUAGGAUCGAAGGUUCGAUCAGCGCUCCUUUGAAUCGUGCGAACCCGCGAUCUUCUUUUUCGCGCGGCAGCGACUCGCUGGAACAGAGUCCACAAGAUCUUUCCCACGAGAAAUCGACUACGAUCCUGUGAUCGUCCUUCCUUUGAGUGACCAUUAAACGGGUCCCGGCGGAUAAUCACGAGCCACCGAUUCAAAUCGGCCGGCCCAGUUUCGCGGCAACGAAAUCCAUCGAUCAUCGAUCGCCGCUGUCGCGCGACGAUCGAAUGUAAAACGCCGUCUUCACGGUCAACCCGCCGCCGUCGUCGGUGAAUUUGUGUUAAAGUGACGAAUCCCUGGCCGCGUCCUGGAACGUUCGUCUCGGAAGAGGAACGCGCGAGAACGAUCGUCUCCCCGAUAAACGGUGCUCCGCCGAUCGGCACGGUGAUUUAAACGCGGCACGUCCAACGAUCGGUGCGAGCUAAGCCGCAGGAGGCGAGAGAAUCGAGGAAGGUACACAGAGCGAGAGCGAGAGAGAGAUAGAGAGAAAGAGGGAGAGAGAAAGGGAGUGAAAGAAGCAUUCCGAAGGGGUUGAAACGCGAAAGGAAGGAAGGCGGAGCUGAUAAGGCGAUAACGCGGCUGCCGGGAUGCGGCACGAGGAGCCGCUAAGCUGCAGCUAACACGUGGCGACUCCGCACGCACUUCCCGAUCGCUAGAGAAGCGUAUCUCAUCGUGAGAGGCUGGGACCUCCAGGAUGCCAGGGGUGUGGAGGUUGCUACGUAUGAUGAUCUAUAUGGUGGUUGGCUUGCAGAGGGUCGGUAGCAGCAGCGACAUUUGGCCGCUGGAGAGGCCAGAGGGAAUGCCAGCCAUACAAUCCCUCGAAGUGAUGUGCGGAAAGGAUCACAUGGAUGUGCAUCUCUCGUUUUCCCAACCCUUUGAGGGCAUAGUUUCAUCCAAGGGCCAGCACGCUGAUCCGCGAUGCGUCUACGUUCCGCCUUCGACCGGGCAGACUUUCUUCUCCUUUCGAAUAGCCUACGCUAGAUGUGGUACCAAACCAGACAUGCACGGGCAGUUUUACGAGAAUACCGUUGUUGUGCAGUAUGACAAAGAUUUGUUGGAAGUCUGGGACGAAGCCAAGCGAUUACGAUGCGAAUGGUUCAACGAUUACGAGAAGACUGCCUCAAAACCGCCAAUGGUCAUCGCGGAUCUUGAUGUAAUUCAAUUGGACUUCAGAGGCGACAACGUGGAUUGUUGGAUGGAAAUUCAACACGGCAAGGGACCAUGGGCGCCACCCGUUUCCGGAAUAGUACCAUUGGGCUCCACGCUCACCCUGGUCGUCGCUAUUAACGAUUACCGAGGGGAAUUCGACAUGCGUGUCAAGUCGUGCGUGGCUUCGGACGGCGGCGGACACACGAUACAGCUCAGCGACGAAUUCGGAUGUGUGCUCAGGCCGAAGAUGAUCAGCCGAUUCCUGAAAGCUCGGGGCUCCGACGACCGAGCGACGGUCAUCACUUACGCCUUCUUUCACGCGUUCAAGUUUCCGGACGCGUUGAGCGUGCACAUCAAGUGCAAGGUGGAGAUCUGUCGUCAUGGCUGUUUGGAUCAUUGUCAACUCAGUGGGUCUGUUGGCCAUUACAUUCAAGAGCGGAAGGAUCAGAUACGACCGCAAUACCCUCAAACCACAGCACCGCCCACCAUUCAUGAUGACGACAAUAACAGCGCCGAGAAGGACAACGAAAACAUAGGAGGUGGAGUCGAGCAGCCUGAUGGCUCCCUUUACGAUGAUAUCAUUCAAGAUGGUGACGAGAUGACCUCUAUAGGGGGUCACUUCUUGGGGGUUGAGAAGUCAGUUCCAAAGGCACAAGCACAGACGAGCAACCGGGUACCGGCACCGGUGGUCGAGACGCCGGACGAGGAGAUCCAUCCAGAUGACGAUGACCUCUCGAGACCAUUCUUAGACCCACCAAGAGUGACGCGGUACGAGAGCGAUCAAGAACAGUUCCCACAUGGACCGCGCAAUCUCGAAGGGGACAACGUCGCAGUGCCAGUGACACCUCUCUCGUCUCCGAACGGCAGACGAAAGAGGUCGGUCGUGGUGUCCGAUAGGAAGAUCCGCAGCGCCGAUGUCGGUGUGAGCGGUUUAUAUGAGGUGAUCUCCGAGGCGGAUCUGGCCUUCAGCCCGGACACUCACGCGGAAGCGGUAACGGUCUUCCAAGGCAGAAUACGCGAGGAGGUGGUUUAUGGAAUCUGCCUUCCUAUGCCCGGCUUCAGCGCGUUGUUCAUCGUGGUAGCGCUGUCCGCGGUAAUUUCCGCACUGGUCGCCGGGGCGAUGCUUCAUCGGCUGCAGGCGCAACGCGAGGCGGUCGACAGCAGAAAGAACAAUAGAGCAGUGCACACGACCAACGGUUGGCUACCAUACGGCUUGCUACGCGUGCGAUGCACGACGAGACCGGCUCACCCGGAACAGAUCCAACCAAAACAAACGAAUCCAGUCGCCGCGAGUCCCUCGGUCGAAAGAGGUUGACCGUCGUCCACGUGACUAUUGUGCUGUUAACGGUAGGCGUUCGCUCGCCCCUCGAAGGACAAUGUGCAAUAAUAUGCUGUACAAAUUACUUUAAGUGCGUAAAGAUCGCGCGCGCGAGAGUUCUCUCACGGACUGUUGUCCCGAGAUUAUCCUUCGGUGUUUUUCCUUUUAGAAAGAGAAAGAGGAAGAGAGUGAGUGUGUGAGCGAGGCUCGGAGAAAAUGGGAGGGAGAGAAAGUCGAACAGUGUGCUUGGAACUGAACUCCUUUCUAGAAACUAAUUAUUUUAAUAGGUGUUUUUCAAUGAGGGUGUAUUCUUCUUUGUUUUUUUCUCUUUAACGGAUUCAAAAACAGAAACAUUGCAAAUGAUUUCGUUUUUGGGAAGCAACUGUUUGGUAUUGGGUAAGUAAGCGGUAUACUUUUCGGAGGAUAUUUGUUACGUGGGUGGAAUCAAUGAAAUUCGCGAGAAGAGGGAUCGAAUGGGACAGUGCGACAGCCGAAGCUGUGAAUAUUGUAAAAACUCUAUAUCGAUGAGAUUGCGAAUGAUAUUUGUUAGAAAUUGUGUUUCUUCGUUCGAUGGGACGUCGAUCGGAUCGAAGAUGGCGGAGGCGGAGCGACGCUGAUUUCAACGGACGCGUCGCUUUCCUUAGAGAAUUCAAGAACGGAAAGAAACGCAUCGACGGCGCACUUUGAAUUUGUAGAAUAUAACGUAACGUGCAUGCAAUUACGAAAGAGGUCUAAGCGGUACACCUGGAAAAUGAGAUUUCUUACUUUCUAUAUAUAGAAUAUACUGGGAGACAUGUAUCCGUUAGAUCACUUUCGUAAUCGCCGGCAUAUACAUAUGUAAACUAUUGCGAUUUACGAGAUUCUAUUUUCUGUAUGUAAGUCAUCUAUAUAUCUUAUAGAUUUAUACAUAUUUAAUUAUUGAUUUACUAGGGAUGCUGCUAUGGAUACACACUUAUAGCCUCACAAGUUAGAAGAGACGGAGAACUUUAGCAUCGGCCACUCUUCCGCGAAGUGUCUACGACAGCCUCGAACGAUUCGAAUUAGGCUAUCGAUAUUCUCGGUAAUAGUAAUUCUUAUAACUGCUAUGUACGGGAAUAAAUGAAAAAAAUAUAUAAGUUACUGUAAGAUUAUGGAAAACUUUAUGGAAAUGCUUUGAAAUCGCACGACAUUUGCGGAUCUUUUCUAACUUGACGAGCUAUAACGGUUACAAUCGAAAAUAAAUAAAAUUAGACAUUAGUACAAACGAAUAUUGUAAUUUAUAUUUAACAAAUUUUGAUACGAAACGCUCUUUAAGCGGCAGAUUUUAAUAUUUAUUAUCGGAAGGGAAGUUGAUUCUAAUAAACUAAUAACACUUGUCGUUCAACUGUACACUAACUUCGAGUUAUUUUUGCGUAGUCGUUGACUUCGACGGUCGGCAAACGAGAAAUCACUUAACACCCGAUACUACGUCCACGAUCAUAUGUUUCAUUUUAUUAGAACUACAACAUUAAACGCAUUACUAAACACUCCGUUUGUACUACAAUCGGUGAACAGUCAUGCCAAAAUUGUAAAGCAUUCAGAUCUUUUCUCGACAUUCGUGUUAACCACAUUUCAACAACCACAUCGAAGUAACAGCACCUCUAGAACUAGCCCCAAAGAGGCUGAAAGUAAUAAUACCUAAUCGAGCAUAGGAAAGAAAUCGUAAAUAAUUAAAGUAAGUGAACUUGAAGAAUGUUGCUGAGGAGCUCAAAUCUCUUUUAUUUCCAAUAAUGUAUAUCUCUACGUUAAGGUAACGCAAGAACUCGAUAUAUUUUAGUAGAUACCUCGAUGCAUUUUAACCUUCCGUUGACACGUUACAAUAAUUACAGUAGUUGUUAGCGAUUUACACGUUCCGAAGAAAGAACCAGGUUUCUUUUGUCCUUGAAUUAUUUCGAAGAUCAUGUAAUAUAUUAUACUUUAUCCCUUUCGUUCGAUAGUCUUCUUUCUCCCGCCAGUGCCAACCGAAGGUUAGUGGUCAAAGUCGAUUCGAAGACCGAUUUCCCCUCAUGGGCCUUUCACGUUGAGCGACUAGAGCGUAGAAAUAAUUAUUUAAGAAUCCCCGACGCGCGACACACGUUGAAGACGUUCGCAUUAUUACCAUGGACGGGAUGAUAGUCGCUGACCUUGAAACACCACAUAUACGUAAUUAUACAUAUAAGUAAGAAACGUAUAUUUGAAGGAUAUUAUCGCAGGAAGGGUUUAUCACUUCGAAGUGCUGUUACAAACGUGAAAUAAAAAAAGGGGGAGGAACUGUUUUAUACAGAAGACCUGAACUUCCUCGGAUUCCCUUUUUUUAUGUUCUGUUUCGUUUUUACAAUAAACAAAAAUACUCGUCGCACGUCUUCUUCCGAAUGAAACGAAAGAGAUGUGUCGAUCGGCGCGAUGCGGUGGGUCGGGCAGAUGUUAAUUUACUUGGACCCUGAUCCCGAACCUUUCCCACGACGCCGGAACAAUUUAAGCGCGUCGAAAGAUUUCUUAGAUAUGUAUGAAUAUAUGUGUACACGUGUCAGCAAGAGAAAAAUUGUCGUAAG